AUGAACUUUUCUGUUAUUAUUUUGAUUUUAAGUGGAAUUAUUUGUUCCUUCGCUGAUGUUGAACACGAAGUGAUUGGUGCCGUUGGAUGCUUUGAAUCAGGUGAUACUAAGGUGGUAGUGAUGUUGGAUGGAGAUGAAAUGUUCUUUAGUAACUACGAGAAGGAAAUGGUGGAGACAAAGAUGCCAGGUUCAUUGUCGGGUAUAGAAAGUCCAUCAGUGCAGUAUCAGUAUGCUAAACUGAGUAUACGGCGGUGCAAGGAGCGUCUGGAAUGGGGAAGAAACGCAGUACCCAGUAUACCACAAGUCAAAGAUGCCCCUAAGAGCUCCAUUUACACCAGGAAUGAGGUAGAGCUGGGAAAGAACAACACUCUUAUCUGCUUUGUCAAUGGUUUCUUCCCCCCGCCUAUAAACGUCAACUGGACCAAGAAUGGCAAGGAUGUGACGGAGGAAGCUGCUCUCAGUAGCUACCGUCCUAAUACAGAUGGAACCUUCCAUCAGUUCUCCACCCUGAGUUUUACUCCAAAGGACGGGGACCUCUACGCCUGCACUGUGAAGCACACUGCACUAGAAGAACACCAGACCAGAACCUGGGAGACUGAGGUCAGUGAGUCCAGGGGUGGUCCUGCUAUAUUUUGUGGCGUUGGCCUGACUCUGGGUCUGUUGGGGUUUUCUACUGGAACAUUUCUCCUUAUCAAAGGAAAGAUGAAAUUCUAAAUUGAUUUUGGUAG